GAGAGAUAGUGCUUGCGAUUUCUGUACGACAUAACAAUGCCGUACGACAUUUCAUGGUGAAUCAGGAUCAAGAUGGUUCCUUCUAUUGCGAACAUCAUCACGAGAAGAGCGUAUCCGAUCUAAUUCAAUAUUAUAAAACAACAAAAGAACCACUAUCUGCUUCCAGUCAAGCACGCCUUCGCCGACCAAUCGAAAGACCCCAAUGGCUUCUAAAUCAUGAUUCCAUCAGACUUGUUAAAAAACUCGGUGAAGGUGCAUUUGGUGAGGUAUUUCUUGCGGAAUAUUCAUUUGGAACAGAAAAGCAAGAAGUGGCAGUAAAAACGAUGCGUCAGGAAGCAACACGUGAAGCUCGAUUAAAAUUUAUGAAGGAAGCGAGACUGAUGCGUCGUUAUGAACAUAAAUACGUAGUACGUAUUCUUGGCGUAGCCGUACACGAGCAUCCACUAAUGAUUAUCAUGGAGAAUUGUCCUGGUGGAUCGUUAUUGUCGUAUCUACGAAAAGAGAGGGGAAAAAUAACACUGAUUACGAAAUUACGUUUUUCCACUGAAGCAGCAGAUGGGAUGGCUUAUUUACAUAAGCAAAAAUGUAUCCAUCGAGAUAUCGCUGCACGUAAUGUUUUAUUGAGCGCCAAACUUGACGUGAAAAUUAGCGAUUUUGGUAUGUCUGAUGAUCGUCUAAUCGUGCAAGAUGACAAAUUAGAAAAGGUACCAGUGAAGUGGUUAGCACCAGAAACGAUGCAACAAAAGGUUUACUCGAAUAAAACUGAUGUGUGGUCCUACGGUGUGCUCGUCUGGGAAAUUUAUUCUGAUGGUUUGGAGCCUUAUCCGGGACUAAGUAAUAUUCAGACACGUGCAAAAAUUGUCGUGCAAAAUUAUCGAAUGGAAAUGCCCAAAGAAACACCAUCCGGAGUGGUCAAAUUAAUUCAACAAUGCUGGGCUAAAAAUCCUGAAGAGAGACCGGACUUUAGCAAAAUAUUCAAGACUCUAAAGAGUAUGAAAGCUUGA